AUGGUUAGGUAUUUCCCCAACAAUGAUCAUAGAGCCUUGCCAACCCACUUUGGGUUCUCGCCGGGGACCCCAAACGAAGCCGGUGAGGUCAUUACUGGAGUAUUUUCAUCCAGACUUCCGGUGGUAUGCCGACAGAUCCAUAGUAAGCAACCGUUCCGAAUGUUCAGAGGCGAAAAUGCGAUGAAUUACGCAUUUUCCACCUUCUUGAUGGAAGCAGUUGUCAUCAUUUUCUUCAUCAAAUUCUUUUGUUACCUCCUUCGACCUCUACGUCAACCUCGUAUCGUCUGCGAGAUCAUUGGUGGUAUGAUGGUAGGACCAUCGAUGCUUGGAGGAAGCCGGAAUUUCAAUUACUACUUGUUCCCACCGAUUGCGAAUUACUUAUGUGCAAACUUGGGACUGAUGGGAUUCUUUUACUUCUUCUUCCUCACUGCGGCCAAGACCGACGUUGCAGCCAUCGCAAAGGCACCAAGAAAACACAAGUACAUUGCUACCAUCGGCGUUAUGGUCCCGAUGAUCUGCGUUGGGGCCACGGGGAUGGCCAUGCGAGACCAGAUGGAGAAAAACAUGCAGAAGAUGUCGUCCAUUGGAGGGAUUGCUUUUGGCUUGGCGUUCAGCUCUUUCCCUGUCAUCUACACCAUCUUAAAAGACAUGAACCUUCUCAACUCGGAGGUGGGGAAGUUCGCCAUGUCGGUGGCUCUCCUUGGAGACAUGGCAGCGCUCGUCGUGCUUAUUGUACUCGAGUGCCUGAUGCAAGGUGACGAAGGAGGAUCCUACGCCGUAAUCUGGUACCUUGUGUCGGCGGCCAUCUUGACCACUUUCAUGGUUUUGGUUGUGAGACGUGCCUUUUUGUGGGUGGUCGCUCAAACGCCAGAAGGAAAACUCGUGGACCAGAACUACAUCGUCCUCAUUCUCUUGGGUGUCCUUGUCGCUUGUUUCGUAACGGACAUGCUCGGUUUGUCUAUAGGUGUUGGAGCCAUUUGGCUAGGGUUGCUUGUUCCUCAAGGACCACCCUUGAGUUCCACGUUAGCUAUUCGGAGCGAAACAUUCAUCCAUGAAUUGUUAUUGCCUUUCACUUUUGGUUUGGUGGGACUCAACACCAAUGUCCACUUAGUUAGCCAGAGGGCUUGGACGCAACAGCUCUCUCCACUCUUCUACAUGAUCAUCGUUGGCCUCAUCACCAAGUUUAUCGCCACCGUGUCCGCGGCUCUCUUCUUCAAAGUCCCGACCAGAGACAGUCUCACGCUUGGUCUCAUGAUGAAUCUGAGAGGCCAGAUCGAUCUCUUGCUCUACUUGCAUUGGAUCGACAAACGUAUCGUCGGUUUAUCCGGUUUCACUGUCUUGAUCUUGAAUACGAUUGUGGUCACAGGUAUAUCAACGCCACUCAUCAGCUUCCUCUACGAUCCAAAUCGACCUUACAGGAUCAGCAAGCACCGCACCAUCCAGCACACUCCCCCGUCCACCGAGAUGGGUCUUGUUCUUGCUGUAUCCGACCACGAAGCCUUGUCUGGUUUGAUCACCUUCCUCGACCUCGCCUAUCCCACUACAAGUAGUCCUUUACAUGUAUACGCCGUCCAGCUGGUGGAGCUAAUGGGGCGAGCCACGCCGUUGUUUGUUGACCACGAGCGGAAAAGAGAGGAAGAGGAUGAAGACGACGACGAGGAAGAAGAAGAACGUGAACAUCAUACAGCGAGCGGGCGAGUAGAUCAGGUGCAAAGCGCCUUUAGGUUGUACCAAGAGAAAAGAAAUGAGUGUGUGACGCUUCGUGCCUACACUGCUCAUGCUCCGAAGCGUCUAAUGUACCAAGACAUUUGCGAGCUGGCCUUAACCAAGAAAACAGCUUUCAUUCUCUUACCUUAUCAGCAGGAGCGUCUUGAUGACGAUGCACCAACCGAGCUACGUGACUCCGGCAUGCUGUCUGUGAACGCCGAUGUCUUGGCGCACACGCCUUGCUCUGUAUGUAUUUAUUAUGACAAGGGACGGCUUAGAAACGCCUUGGUUCGGUCCUCGGUUGAGCAGCAACAUUCAUCAACCCACUCGAGCCGGGCGAGGCAAGAGACGUACCGUUUUGUGGUUUUGUUUCUAGGAGGAGCUGAUAACAGAGAAGCUCUGCACCUGGCCGACAGGAUGACGGCGAACCCGGACAUCAUUUUGACGGUGAUCAGGUUCUUGUCUUACAACCACGAAGGAGAGGACGAGAGGGAGAAGAAGCUGGACGAUGGGGUGGUGACGUGGUUUUGGGUCAAGAACGAAGGCAAGGAUAGAGUUAGUUACAAAGAGGUUGUGGUGAAGAACGGUGCGGAGACUCUGGCUGCGAUCCAAGCAAUGAAUGUCAACGACUAUGAUCUGUGGAUAACCGGGAGGAGAGAAGGGAUCAAUCCAAAGAUUCUAGAAGGGUUGUCCACGUGGAGCGAGGACCACCAGCUUGGAGUCAUCGGAGACACCGUGGCUGGGAGCGUCUUUGCCUCGGAGGGCUCGGUGUUGGUAGUGCAGCAACAAGUAAGGAAUCAGAAGGGUGGUGAUGGUUUCUUGAACGGCAAGUUUGAUUACAGAAAAUUAUUGUCCGCAUGGGCAUGUCACAACCCAUGA